GUAAAACCAUUCCAUGCACGCAAACGAUUUGGAUAAGACCAAUUAUUGAUUGAUUGAUCUCAGUCCUCAGAUUCUGUCCCAACCAAGAACAACAACUGGAGUCCAGAGUCCAGACUGUUGCUGAUCAAAUGGGUUUGAUGAGUGAAACCGUGACCCAGAUUGUAAUCCCAUUGUCUGCGUUGGUUGGGAUUGUAUUCGCUCUUGUUCAAUGGGUUAUUGUGUCCAAAGUUAAGGUUUCUGUUGGUUCUGGAGUCGAUAUUAACGGCUACAAUGACAGACUAAUUGAAGAACAAGAAGAUGAUGAUCAACAAGAGGAGGAGGGUGUUGAUCCGGACGAAGCUGUGGCUAAGUGUGCUGAAAUUCAGAACGCCAUUUCUGUUGGAGCGACCUCAUUUCUGUUCACCCAAUACAAAUACUUGGGCAUAUUUACAAUAGCUUUCGGAGCUCUGAUCUUCCUCUUCCUCGGAUCAGUAAAUGGAUUCAGCACCCAAAACCAGCCAUGCACUUACAGCAAAGGAAACAUCUGCAAGUCUUCACUAGCGAAUGCAUUCUUCACCACACUCGCAUUCUUACUCGGCGCGUUUACUUCUGUUCUUUCCGGUUUCCUAGGAAUGAAAAUAGCCACCUAUGCCAACGCUCGAACCACUCUUGAAGCAAGGAAAGGUGUCGGUAAGGCCUUCAUAAUCGCUUUCCGGUCAGGCGCCGUUAUGGGUUUUCUUCUGGCUGCCAAUGGUCUUCUCGUUCUUUAUGUUUCCAUUAAUCUCUUUAAACUGUAUUAUGGGGAUGACUGGGAAGGUCUUUAUGAAUCUAUUACUGGCUAUGGUCUUGGUGGUUCGUCUAUGGCUCUGUUUGGAAGAGUCGGUGGUGGGAUUUACACUAAGGCGGCUGAUGUCGGUGCUGAUUUGGUUGGUAAAGUUGAAAGGAAUAUUCCAGAAGAUGAUCCUCGUAACCCAGCUGUGAUAGCUGAUAAUGUUGGAGAUAACGUUGGAGACAUUGCAGGAAUGGGUUCAGAUCUGUUUGGGUCGUAUGCAGAGUCUUCAUGCGCUGCUUUAUUUGUGGCAUCCAUUUCUUCAUUCGGGACAAGCCAUGAUUAUUCAGCCAUGUCGUAUCCGUUGAUCAUAAGUGCAAUGGGUAUUGUUGUGUGCUUGAUGACGACGCUUUAUGCAACUGAUGUAUCUGAGAUAAGGAAUGUGACCCAGAUUGAACCAACCUUAAAAAGACAGCUUCUUAUCUCGACUGUCUUAAUGACAGGUGGUAUUGCCUUGGUCAGCUUUUUGUCUUUACCUUCUGAUGAGUUCACUCUGUUUGAUUUUGGAACGCAGAAAGUGGUCAAGAAUUGGUACUUGUUUUUGUGUUCUUCUGUCGGGUUGUGGGCUGGUCUUGUUAUUGGGUACACGACCGAGUAUUACACCAGCAAUGCGUACAGUCCUGUGCAAGACGUGGCCGACUCGUGCAGGACAGGGGCGGCGACGAACGUGAUAUUUGGGUUGGCUUUGGGAUAUAAAUCUGUGAUCAUUCCUAUAUUUGCGAUAUCAAUAGCAAUCUACGUGAGUUUCAGCUUGGCUGCUAUGUAUGGAAUCGCGAUGGCUGCCCUGGGAAUGUUAAGCACCAUUGCGACCGGAUUAGCUAUUGACGCUUAUGGUCCAAUAAGUGACAAUGCAGGUGGUAUUGCAGAAAUGGCUGGGAUGAGUCAUAAGAUUCGUAAAACGACUGAUGCUUUGGAUGCUGCUGGUAACACAACCGCUGCCAUUGGAAAAGGGUUUGCUAUUGGAUCGGCUGCUCUGGUCUCUUUGGCUCUGUUUGGUGCAUUCGUGAGCAGAGCCGGGAUUAAGAGUGUGGAUGUGCUGAGUCCAAAAGUUUUCAUUGGGUUGUUGGUGGGGGCUAUGCUUCCAUAUUGGUUUUCUGCAAUGACGAUGAAGAGCGUGGGGAAGGCGGCGUUGAAGAUGGUGGAGGAGGUUCGGAGGCAGUUUAAUAACAUUCCGGGGCUGAUGGAAGGAACUGCCAAACCGGAUUAUGCAACCUGUGUCAAGAUCUCUACUGAUGCUUCUUUGAAGGAGAUGAUUCCACCAGGUGCCUUAGUCAUGCUUACCCCACUCAUUGCCGGCACCUUCUUUGGAGUCGAGACACUCGCUGGCUUGCUUGCCGGUUCCCUGGUCUCCGGCGUGCAAGUUGCCAUAUCGGCAUCAAACACAGGUGGAGCAUGGGACAAUGCUAAGAAAUACAUAGAGGCGGGUGCAACCGAACAUGCUCGCAUGUUAGGGCCAAAGGGAUCGGAUGCUCAUAAGGCGGCUGUGAUAGGAGACACGGUUGGAGAUCCUUUGAAGGAUACUUCGGGUCCUUCACUCAACAUCUUGAUCAAGCUUAUGGCUGUAGAAUCACUCGUUUUCGCACCUUUCUUUGCUGCCCAUGGUGGUUUGCUCUUCAAAAUCUUCUGAUCUUAUCUAUCUAUCUAUCUUAUUAAUAAUGUCAUAUAUAUAAAACUGGGUAAUUAUUGUACAAGUUAUAUAUUUCAUAUAUGUAGACAUUAGAAGUCUGUUUUAUAAUCACUGUUGUAGUUACUGUCAACUCGUUUACUUGGUCUAAAUUAAUAAAUCGGACUCCUUC